AGAACCGGUUCCUGGUCUCCAGCAGCUCCAGCCUUCCUCUGCCUAGCUCCUGAUGACGUCACAGCCCUCCUGCCCUCUGAUUGGCUGCUGCCAGCGUUUGGUUCCAGCAGCAGCUUCAGUUUCUCUCAGAGUCUCUGAGAGUCUGAAUGAUGAAGAUGAAGCUGCUCCUCUUCCUCAGUGGGGUCCUCUGGGUCUCUGCUGAUGUUCAACAUGAGGCCCUUCGUAUCGUUGGAUGUUCAGACUCUGAUGGAGAGGGCAUGUUAGCUCUGGAUGGAGAAGAGAUGUGGUACGCCGACUUCAAGAAGAAAGAAGGAGUCAUAGCUCUGCCUCCGUUUGUUGAUCAUGUCAGCUACGUGGAAGGAACUUAUGAAACAGCUGUGGGUGAACAACCAAUCUGCAGAACAAACCUGGGUAUAGCUCGUAAGGCUUUGAAGGACAUCCCUCUGGAACGAGAUGCCCCCUCUGGCCUGGUGAUUUACCCCAGAGACGAAGUGGAGCUGGGAGAGAAGAACACCCUGAUCUGUCACGUCUCUGGUUUCUAUCCGGCUCCGGUCAACGUCUCCUGGACCAGAAACGGUCAGAAAGUGACUGAAGGAACCAGCAUCAACAUUCCCUUCCCCAGUAAGGACAGCAGCUUCACCCAGAUCUCCAGGCUGCAGUUCGUCCCUCAGCUAGGAGACAUCUACAGCUGCUCAGUGGAGCAUCUGGCCCUGAAAGAACCACUGACCAGGACCUGGGAUGUGGAGAUGGACAAUCCUCAGUCUGGUCCCGGUCCGUCCAUCUUCUGUGGAGUCGGUCUGACCAUCGGCCUGCUGGGAGUCGCUGUGGGAACUUUCUUCCUGAUCAAAGGGAACGAGUGCAGCUGAUUGGUUGAUGAUCAGUGAUUCAUGUUCAAACUGUUUUUUUUUUCAUUCUUCUUCACUUUAAUCAGUUUUUCUUCAUCAUUGAUGUACCUUUAAUAUAAACUGUUGUGAAAGUUUAAAGUUGACUUUAAAUCCUUUAAUUCAUAGAAAACUGCAACAUUAAACUAUUAACUGAUGUUUUUAUCUAACAGAAUAAAACCUGCAGUCAGUUUGUUUCAGUUAAUAAAUGAUUAAUUGUUUCUAC